GCGAUUUUUGUAUAUUUUAUUAUAAUAAUUACGAUUGCAGGGGUUUUGUCGUCUGAUGGCCGCAGUAAAUCAUUUGACGCCGACGCGAAUGGCUAUGCUCGCAGCGAGGCAAUCUCCGUUAUAUAUCUACAGAAGGCGAAGCAUGCAAAACGAAUCUACGCUACAGUGGUCUACGGUAAGACAAAUUGUGAUGGUUACAAGGAACAAGGCAUCACGUUUCCGUCGAGCGCGAUGCAAGCCACGUUGAUGAAGGAAUGCUACAAGGAUUGCAAUGUACCACUGAACGAUGUGUUCUAUAUUGAAUGUCAUGGUACUGGCACCAAAGUCGGCGAUCCUGAAGAACUUCACGCAAUCGAGAAGGUCUUCUUCGAAAAAGAUAGACCUACUCCUUUGCUGAUCGGUUCUGUUAAAUCAAAUAUGGGUCAUGCCGAGCCCGCUAGCGGCCUAUCUCAAGUUGCCAAG